UUGACACAGACAGGCCUGCAUACCUAUGCAUAUACGCAGUUCGAGAGCACACCACUUACAAACAAACAAAAACCCCAUAAAGAAGCAGGGACCACCACCCCUUUUCCCCGGCCCCACAAACACACACACACACACACACACACAUACACACAGACACUCAAAUGUACAGAGUCACAUGCUCUGUGGCCCCUUACUGUGUCUCAUUCAAAUGCAUCCCACACAGGGAGACUGAUUGCUGCAAAGGAUUUUGCUUUCAUCAACAGAAAAAUCGAGUGGACAAUUUUGUGGUAGUAGUAUUGUGUGUGAUUCUCUCUCCUCCCCACCGAGUGAGCAACAGCUCUCUCUCUCUCUCUCUCUCUCUUUCCCCUCCACCUGUUUCUGUCUUUACCUCAGAAAGGUGGGCAGUAGAGAGGGUGCAGUUCCAGAAACAAGGUAGGGGAUCAAAUUUCAGUGUGUGUGUGUGUGCAUCCUAUGGCAGUAUUUUUUCAUUUAUGAUGACUGUGGUUGGACAGAGGCUGGCAGAAUCAGAUAAAACCUCAUUACUGCUGAACAAGCACAGGUGUGACAUAAGGAUUGGGAAGGGGAACAACAACAACAACAACAACAACAAACUGCAACAUUAUACCUGUUACUGUGGUUUUGACUUGCGCUGUUCAACAUACAGUGAUGUUUCCGCUAAAGAAGAGUUGCUCUGCAGAGGCCCCGUUAUCUCAGCUCAAGAUGUACAGCUUCAUGGGAGGGGGCCUUUUCUGUGCUAUUGUGGGUAACAUCCUGUUGGUGGUCUCCACUGCAACGGACUACUGGAUGCAGUACCGCCUCUCUGGAAACUAUGCCCACCAGGGUCUGUGGAGGUACUGCAUGUCCAACAAGUGCUACAUGCAGACUGACAGCAUAGCUUACUGGAAUGCCACCAGGGCGUUCAUGAUCCUUUCAGGGAUGUCGUGCUUUGCAGGCAUCAUCGCUGGCAUCAUGUCCUUUGCUCACUUCUCCUCCUUUGAACGGUUCAACCGCUCCUUUGCUGCAGGAAUCAUGUUUUUUGUCUCCACUUUCUUUGUUCUGCUGGCUAUGGCCAUUUAUACUGGAGUGACAGUCAAUUUCCUGGGGAGGCGCUUCGGUGACUGGCGCUUCUCCUGGUCCUACAUACUUGGAUGGGUGGCUAUGCUCAUGACGUUCUUUGCAGGUAUUUUCUACAUAUGUGCCUACAGAAUGUGUGAGUGCAGGAGAGGACAUGGCCCACGCUAGAGGGAGACAGACAGUUUGUUGAAAAAAGAAGAGAAAGAGAGAGGUACAGCAACAGAAAGGGAGAGAGAGAGAGGACAAUCUCACUUUGAACUGAGGACAAACAGAAGGCAGUCCUGACUGAUCUACUGAAGAGAUGACGUCUGAUGCUGCUCCUGGAGGCCUUUGACAGUCUGCCUAACGUGCUUUAUGAUUUUUUUUUUUUCCAGGAUUAGUUUUGAUGAUAGCACAGAGGAAAAACAAACAUAAUAAAACUAA